AUGCCCACUUUUCAUAAUGCCUGCUCAGUGUCCAGCUCUUUCUGGCUCACCGGCAUCCCAGGUCUGGAAUUCCUGCACAUGUGGCUCUCUAUCCCUUUUGGUUCCAUGUACCUGGUGGCUGUGGUGGGGAACAUCACCAUUUUAGCGAUGGUAAAGGUAGAACGCAGCCUGCACCCGCCCAUGUACUUCUUUCUGUGCAUGCUGGCUGUCAUUGACUAUCUGUCUACUUCCACUAUGCCCAAACUUCUGGCAAUCUUCUGGUUUGGUGCUGGCAACAUUGGUCUGGAUGCCUUUAUGUUUCUCAUUCAUUGCUUUGCUACUGUUGAGUCAGGCAUCUUCCUUGCCAUGGCCUUUGACCGAUACGUAGCCAUCUGUAACCCACUGCGUCAUAGCAUGGUGCUCACCCAGGCAGUGGUGGGUCGUUUGGGGCUGGCUGCCCUCCUCCGAGGCAUUCUUUACAUUGGACCCCUACCACUUAUGAUCCGCCUACGAUUGCCUCUUUAUAAAACUCAAGUCAUCUCUCACUCCUACUGUGAGCACAUGGCUGUGGUUGCCUUGACCUGUGGUGACAGCAGAGUCAACAAUGUCUAUGGGUUGAGUAUUGGCUUUCUGGUGUUGAUCCUGGAUACAGUGGCCAUUGCUGCCUCCUAUGUAAUGAUUUUCAAAGCCGUGAUGGGGCUGGCCACUCCUGAGGCCAGGCUUAAAACCUUGGGGACAUGUGGCUCUCAUAUAUGUGCCAUUCUGAUUUUCUAUGUUCCCAUUGCUGUUUCUUCCCUCAUUCACCGGUUUGGUCAUCGUGUACCUCCACCAAUCCAUACACUACUGGCCAACUUCUACCUCCUCAUUCCCCCCAUCCUCAAUCCAGAUGUCUAUGCUGUUCGUACCAAGCAGAUUCGAGACAGGCUUCUUCAGAUCCUAAAGACAGGAACCAAGAUCAAGUGA